AUGCGUGUUUCUUGGAUAUUUGACCUUGAACAGGGCCUCCUCUUGACUUCUUGCAUGAAGUCCUGUUGUGGACCCUGUUGUUGCUCGUCAAACCUAUUGGAACACCCACGCCCUUCCUCUGCCAUCUGUUUACACCCCUCAUUAUUAGCUCGUCCUCGCGACUCCAAUAAGCCGCUGGUCAAUUGGCGCGUUCACUUGCUGUUCAACGUUCCAUCUCUCAAAGAAGCCGUUCCACUUGUUAUUUCCCCCCAUUUACUUAUCCUCUACGUUUUUCUCUUUUGUACUGAAUCAAUCUUGCUUUCUGCUUUGUUGUCUUGCGUACGUAUCAAAUGUAAACCAACGUAGGUGUAAGAUAUUAUUGACGUUAUGCAAUACUACUUGUAUGUCGACAGU